AUGUUUAAUUUAAGAAUACUUAAAGGUUUUAGUCAUACGAUUGAAUUAAGUUCCGAGCAUUAUAUACAGAAGUAAAUUGAGAAUGUUAUCAUUAGAUAUCAAUCAAAUUUCAAAGACAUCUACAAAUUAUCAUAUACACCAAUCCCAGGGCAUGCAACAACAGAUGGAACGAAAUAGUAUUCUGCAAAUAACAGUGAGAUUCCCACAUCACAUUUCAGAACAAACUACAAAAACAACUUACUACUAUCCAGUUUAGGGAUUGGGUCGUAUUAGGGAGCCCCUGAUUAAAAUAAUGACAUCAUGCUUUAUGGAUCUAUUAUUGACAGUGUAUUAUCAGGUGGAGUGAAUGUGAUUGAUACAGCAAUUAAUUACAGAUACAUGAAAUCAGAACGAGUUAUUGGGGCUGCACUUCGAGCUCUAAAUAUCCCUAGAGACUAGAUAUUUAUCUCUAGUAAAGGAGGAUACAUUCCAGCUGAUGGAGAUAGAGGUAUUUAAGAAACUUAAUUGAUAAGAGAUCUUAUCAAUAAAAAUCUGAUUACUCAAGAUGAUGUAGUUGGAGCAUGUCACUGUAUGCAUCCUAAGUUUUUGGAGGCUUAAUUGGAUGUAAUAAAUAUAUAUAUAUGCUAAUUCUAGUAAACUUUGAGUCAUUUAGGACUGGAGACUUUGGAUCUUUUGUAUUUACAUAAUGCAGCUGAAAGUCAAUUGCCAUUUUUAGGAUAUGAUAAAUUUUAUGAUAGAUUAGCGAAGGCUUUUGAAUAAUAUGAAAAAAGUGUUUAGGAUGGUAAAAUUAAAAGAUAUGGAAUGGCUACAUGGGUUUGUUUUAGAGCAAGACCAGACGAAGAUAGAAUUCAUGUUCCUUUAGAGAAGAUUGUUGAAAUUGCAGAAAAAGUAGGAGGAAAAGAUCAUCAUUUUGAAUAUGUCUAAAUGCCAAUUAAUGCCAUGAUGCCAGAAGCAUUUUCAUAGGAAUGGUAACCAUUUAAAGGAGAGAAUACUUAAAUCUUAACUGUGGCAAGACAAUUAAAAGUUAAUCUGGUAAUUUCAUCUCCUUUAAUGGGUGGUACACUUAUGUAAGUUCCGUUGCCAUCAGACAUAUUCAAAUGUCAAUUCUUAGGAGCUAAACACUUACAAUUUUUAAGAUCCAUUCCUGCUGAAUCCAUCAAAAGUAUAAAUCAUCAUCUAAUUGAUUAGCAAUUUUAAUAGGAUAAAAAGCAAAUCGUCAUACAAAAUAAAAUUUAGAAGUAAUCAGAGUACCACCAUUGACAGCAGAUGAAUUUUGGUCAUUCUUUUAACCUUUAAAAAGGAAAUAAGUGCCUGAUGAUGAACUAGAUAUGUAAUGA